CUUUUGCAAGCUUAGUCUCAUUGGUGUCCUGCUCAGCGCAAUGGAACCUGCCUUUGGGGAAGUGAACCAGCUCGGAGGGGUGUUUGUGAAUGGGAGACCCUUGCCUAACGCCAUCCGGCUCCGGAUUGUGGAAUUGGCCCAACUGGGCAUCAGACCCUGUGACAUCAGCCGACAACUGCGGGUUUCCCAUGGCUGUGUGAGCAAAAUCCUGGCGCGCUACAAUGAGACUGGCUCCAUCCUACCAGGGGCGAUCGGAGGCAGCAAGCCUCGGGUCACCACCCCCACGGUGGUGAAACAUAUCCGGACCUACAAACAAAGAGAUCCGGGCAUCUUUGCUUGGGAGAUCCGAGACCGACUGCUGGCAGAUGGCGUGUGUGACAAGUACAAUGUGCCUUCCGUCAGCUCCAUCAGCCGGAUCCUCCGGAACAAAAUUGGAAAUCUCUCCCAGCAGGGUCACUACGAAUCUUACAAACAGCAUCAACCCGCUCCACAGCCUGCGCUGCCUUACAACCACAUAUACUCCUACCCCAGCCCCAUCACUGCUACAGGAGCCAAAGUGCCGACCCCGCCGGGAGUGCCCGCAAUCCCCAGCACCAUGGCUAUGCCUAGGACCUGGCCUUCUUCCCAUUCGGUCACGGAUAUCCUGGGGAUCAGGUCCAUAACAGACCAAGUGAGUGACAGCUCGCCCUACCACAGCCCCAAAGUGGAAGAAUGGAGCAGCCUGAGCAGAAAUAGCUUCCCCCCUUCAGCCCAGCAUGCUGUGAACGGACUCGAGAAGAGCUCCCUGGAACAGGAGGCCAAGUACAGCCAGGCACCAAAUGGUCUUCCAACUGUCAGCGGUUUUGUCUCAGCAUCAACUAUGGCGCCUUACCCUACACCAGCCCAGGUGUCGCCUUAUAUGACAUACAGUGCUGCCCCUUCUGGUUAUGUGACAGGCCAUGGUUGGCAGCAUGCUGGAGGCACUCCGCUCUCCCCUCACAACUGUGAUAUUCCUGCAUCGCUGGCAUUCAAGGGCAUGCAGACAGCCCGAGAAGGCAGUCACUCUGUCACAGCCUCUGCUCUCUGAUAUGCAAUUCAUUCCAGAACAGCUCAACCGUUUUCCUCCCCUCCCUGGCUCAGAGACUGAUCUUUUGCAUUGGUGACAUUUACAGAUUUCUCCCCCCAACCUUCCUCCCACAACAUUUUUUGAUUGAACUAGCCAAAACAUAAGAAACUGA